CUUCUUCCUUUAGCAAAAGAGAGACGUUAAGAGCACACAAAUUAAAUGGCAGAUUGGGCUCCUGUAAUUAUUGGUUUAGUCCUGUUCGUGGUGUUCUCGCCAGGUUUACUGUUCCAGCUUCCGGGCAAAGGACGUGUGGUGGAGUUUCUCAACUUUCAAACCAGUGGCAUCUCCAUAUUUGUCCACUCUCUUCUCUUCUUUGGAUUCAUGGUUAUUUUCCUCAUUGCCAUUAAUGUUCACAUUGGUAGCGGAUGAAGCAUUCACCAUAGUCACUUUACUUGGACAUGAACUUUUUUUUCUGUUUCUUAAUUUGUGUCUUUGGUUAUAUAUAUAUACACACAUGAAAAAGGUUGCUAAUAUGGCCAAUAUCUUGCUUCUUAGAGCACUUUUCUUCUUCUUUUUUGUGAUUAAUUACAAGUUACCUGAUAUAUUCA